AUGCUGUCCCCACCCAACAAGGAUAUCACUAAGCUGUCCCCACCCAACAAGGAUAUCACUAAGCUGUCCCCACACAACAAGGAUAUCACUAAGCUGUCUCCACCCAACAAGGACAUCACUAAGCUGCACCCACCUAACAAGGAUAUCACUAAGCUGUCCCACCCAACAAGGAUAUCACUAAGCUCUGUCCCACCCAACAAGGAUAUCACUAAGCUGUCCCCACCCAACAAGGAUAUCACUAAGCUGUCCCCACCCAACAAGGAUAUCACUAAGCUGUCCCCACCCAACAAGGAUAUCACUAAGCUGUCCCCACCCAACAAGGAUAUUACUAUGCUGUCCCCACCCAACAAGGAUAUCACUAAGCUGUCCCCACCCAACAAGGAUAUCACUAAGCUGCACCCACCUAACAAGGAUAUCACUAAGCUGCACCCACCCAACAAGGAUAUCACUAAGCUGUCCCCACCCAACAAGGAUAUCACUAAGCUGUCCCCACCCAACAAGGAUAUCACUAAGCUGUCCCCACACAACAAGGAUAUCACUAAGCUGUCUCCACCCAACAAGGACAUCACUAAGCUGUCCCCAUCCAACAAGGAUAUCACUAAGCUGUUCCCACCCAACAAGGAUAUCACUAAGCUGUUCCCACCCAACAAGGAUAUCACUAAGCUGUCCCACCCAACAAGGAUAUCACUAAGCUUGUCCUACUUCCCCAGUGUCCUACUUCCCCACAGUGUCCUACUUCCCCACAGUGUCCUACUCCCCCAGUGUCCUACUCCCCCAGUGUCCUACCCCUCCACAGUGUCCUACUUCCCCAGUGUCCUACUCCCCCAGUGUCCUACCCCCCACAGUGUCCUACUCCCCCAGUGUCCUACUUCCCCAGUGUCCUACUCCCCCAGUGUCCUACUCCCCCAGUGUCCUACUCCCCCAGUGUCCUACUCCCCCACAGUGUCCUACUCCCCCAGUGUCCUACUCCCCCACAGUGUCCUACUCCCCCAGUGUCCUACUCCCCCACAGUGUCCUACUCCCCACAGUGUCCUACUCCCCCCUACUCCCCCACAGUGUCCUACUCCCCACAGUGUCCUACUCCCCCACAGUGUCCUACUCCCCCACAGUGUCCUACUCCCCCACAGUGUCCUACUCCCCACAGUGUCCUACUCCCCCACAGUGUCCUACUCCCCCACAGUGUCCUACUCCCCCACAGUGUCCUACUUCCCCACAGUGUCCUACUCCCCCACAGUGUCCUACUCCCCCACAGUGUCCUACUCCCCCACAGUGUCCUACUCCCCCACAGUGUCCUACUACCCCACAGUGUCCUACCCCACAGUGUCCUACUCCCCCACAGUGUCCUACUCCCCCACAGUGUCCUACUCCCCCACAGUGUCCUACUCCCCCACAGUGUCCUACUCCCCCACAGUGUCCUACUCCCCAGUGUCCCCCCCACAGUGUCCUACUCCCCCACAGUGUCCUACUCCCCCACAGUGUCCUACUCCCCCACAGUGUCCUACUCCCCCACAGUGUCCUACUCCCCCACAGUGUCCUACUCCCCCACAGUGUCCUACUCCCCCCCUACUCCCCACAGUGUCCUACUCCCCCACAGUGUCCUACUCCCCCACAGUGUCCUACUCCCCACAGUGUCCUACUCCCCCACAGUGUCCUACUCCCCCACAGUGUCCUACUACCCCACAGUGUCCUACUCCCCCACAGUGUCCUACUCCCCCACAGUGUCCUACUCCCCCAGUGUCCUACUCCCCCACAGUGUCCUACUCCCCAGUGUCCUACUCCCCCACAGUGUCCUACUCCCCCACAGUGUCCUACUCCCCCACAGUGUCCUACUCCCCCACAGUGUCCUACUCCCCUACUCCCCACACAGUGUCCUACUCCCCAGUGUCACAGUGUCCUACUCCCCCACAGUGUCCUACUCCCCCACAGUGUCCUACUUCCCCAGUGUCCUACUACCCCACAGUGUCCUACUACCCCAGAGUGUCCUACUCCCCCACAGUGUCCUAA